AUGCCAAACUCAUACCUAUCUAUAGACUCUAUUUUAAACCACAACACGGACGAAAAUGCCAAAGCUCAGUACGGGCAGAGUCGCAAUGUCCAUUUUGACUCGGCUACACCGCCAGUCACUGAGGACGCCCGGGCAUGGAAGCAACCGCCGCCUUCACCGCAACAGCAACACCAACACCAACACCAGCAGCAGCAACAGCAACAAUACCAACACCAACACCAGCAGCAGCAACAGCAACAAUACCAACAGCAACACCAGCAUCAAUACCAGCAGCAGCAAACCCAGAACCAGAACCAGAACCAGAACCAGAACCACUACCACUACCACUACCACUACCAAUAUUGCCGCCAGCAGAAUCAUCAACAGCACAUACCUAGAGAAAUGGAUGCUGGCACAAACGUACCGCCUUUUCUGGAAUCCUGGGAUGACAUAAUUCCUGAGGAAGUGAUGCGUCGGUUCUACUCAGACCAGUUCCCAGCAGAGAUACGCGAGAUAGUUAUCUACUAUUUUGACUACUACUACAGUAUCUGUCCGAUAUUUCACCCAGCAUCGUUUAUGUGCCGCCUGGUCAACGGCAACAUUGACCCUUUUAUCAUAGAGGUGAUGAGGGCUCGCGCAGCCAGGGUGAUAUCCAAACACACUGGAAGGGUUAUUGACCUUGAGUCGACCAUCGAAACGAUCAACAGCCGGCUUUUGCUUGACAUGGAGAACCCGACUUUUGACAGCGUGCGGGCAACAGUGCUGAUGACAACCUUGUCCGGCGGCGAGGCCCGCUUUAUGUCAUACAACAUGCUGGCAGCACUGGCCAGCAGCUCGGUUGCCAAAAUGGGAUGGCACCGGCUGGACAUGGACGCAGGUACACAAAAAACCCAUUCGUGGCGCGAAUGGGCCCAGUUAGAGACGCAGCGGCGGUCAUUCUGGCUGACAUACCUCUUGGAUACGUACCAGGCCGUGCUGAAUGAUCGGCCGGUGAGCAUCAACGAUGCCCGCAUAUACACGGCGCUGCCGGGGUCCGACUGCACAUGGGACGACAUAACAAUUUCGCAGCUGCUCAAUUGGCCAACAAGGCACAAGAAGAACAUUGACAAACAAACGGUUAUAGCCACAGGCUCGCUGUCAUACGCGCUGGUCGACAUGUCAAUUCUCGCGACGCUGUACCGGCGGAUGAGCGAGUUGAUGUGGAGUAUCAAGCGCGGUGCGCAGUUUAAUCCUGCGACGUCGCCGGCCAGAGUUGAUAUUGUCGGGUUUCGACGCGGGGGCGGACCGGCAGUGACCAUUAAAGAGAGCCUGUUUGAGUGUCCUGAGUUUGUCUCUCUGCAUACGGCCCUUUCAAAGUGGAAGAACGGGCUGAUCGUGGCAGAUGAAAUGAAGGGUCUUGGCAAGCCCCUUGAGCACCUUUCUCAGUUUGGCAACCUGGAGCACAGGCGGUAUAUGAUCCGCAUCCGGUACUUUUGCCUGUACGCAUACUACGUCCCCACUAUUCUGAUUCUGCACUUGAUGAACCGGCCUUCUUACUUCCACAGUCCCCAGCAGCAGCAGGAGAACGCACCUGCUGCUGCUGGUGUUUCUGCCCGGUUUAAUGUUGACUCAUUUUUGGGUCCUGACUUCGUCGACAAUACGUCUUUGAUCCGCGCAAUGAUGUCCACAUCGUUUUCCUCAACGAUGAACGACAGUCUUUUGGCGUACGACGUAGUACCCGAGUCAUGGGAGAUUUGCCUGGAUGCAAUCGACGACAUGUGUUGUUUCCUUGACCGCAACGAUGACAUUCCAACAGAGAGGUACGACCAUGUGCUGAUGUUCAGUAUAUUUUCAGCGAUCACAGUGCUUGUCCGGCACAUUUGCAAGAGCCAGGAUAGUAGCAGCAGGGGAGGCGCUUCGGGAGUAAACAUUGCAAAGUUUGGAAUGCCUUGGAGCGUGCGGACAUUGCGCAGUCUCUGGGAAAGACUGAAGAGCCUCGGGUUUGUCAGUGGGGCUGGCGGCAUGGAGGUUUUGCUGCGCAAGAUGCAUGUCGAGGAAGUGGCCAACGCUGCCGAGCUGUUUGCCAGUAUGUGCUUGUAAGAACCCAUUGUUCUUCAAAUUAAUGGAUAUUUAAAUUUAUUAAAAAUAAGAAAUGUUUGUGUUA